AUGAUUGCAUCAAAUUCUUCUUCUUCAGGUGUGCCAACAGAAAUGGACAGACCUUGGGUUGAAAGAUAUCGUCCCAUUGAUAUGGAUGAUAUUGUCGGAAACGAAGAGGCUGUCAUGAGACUUAGAGUUAUUGCUGAGGAAGGUAAUAUGCCGAAUCUGAUUUUGUCUGGACCACCAGGUACUGGUAAAACAACGAGUAUAAUGUGUUUAGCUAGAUCAUUAUUGGGAAAGGAAGUAUAUAAAGAAGCUGUUUUAGAAUUGAACGCUUCUGAUGAAAGAACACUUGAUGUUGUGAGAAACAAAAUUAAACAAUUUGCUCAAAAGAAAGUUAAUCUUCCACCAAAUAGACACAAAAUAGUUAUUUUGGAUGAAGCUGAUUCAAUGACAUCAGCUGCUCAACAAGCUAUGAGACGUAUUAUGGAAAUUUAUUCUUCAACAACUAGAUUUGCUCUUGCUUGCAAUGAUAGCUCUAAAAUUAUUGAACCAAUUCAAUCAAGAUGUGCUCUCGUCAGAUAUAAGAGGCUGACAGAUGCUGAACUCUUGACCAGAUUAAUUGUUAUUUGUGAAUUAGAACAUGUCCAAAAAACAGAGGAUGGUUUGGAAUCAAUUCUCUAUACUUCAGACGGUGACAUGAGAAAUGCAAUUAAUAGUUUACAAGCUACCUAUCAAGGUUUUGGAAUUGUAAAUGCCACUAAUGUUUUCAAAGUUUGUGAUCAACCUCAUCCAGUUGCUAUUCAAACAAUUAUUGGAUCAUGUAUUCAAGGUGAUUUAAUGAGUUCUCAAAAAGAGCUUACUAAAUUAAUGGGUGAGGGAUACAGUUCUCAAGAUGUAAUUUCUACUCUUUCCAAAGUUGUUAGAAGUGGAGCUGUCCAAAUGCCUGAAUAUGCUCAAUUACAAUUUAUCAAAGAGAUUGGUGAUUGUCAUUUAAGGAUAAGUGAUGGUGUUGAUACACCUCUUCAACUUACAGCACUCUUGGCAAGAUUAUGUAAAAUUAUAAUAACAAGCAAAAAAUAA